AUGGUGCGGUCAUUGGCGGCGUGGAGGGCAUCGCAACGACCACCAAAUGGAGUGCGAGUUGUCGUGUGUGUAUGGAGUGGUUGUGUUCACGGCUGUUCACUCUGUGGUGGUGACGCCCCACAGACAACACAUUUGGCAGACUGUGGGACGAGUGGUGGACAGGAAGACAGCGAACGCCACAUAAGCGCCGAUCGCGAGGCCAACGCUCAUUGGGUGGCGUAUGUGUGCUGUGCGAGUGUCCGGUGGGCGCCCCCACUGACCACUGGGACGGGCGCUGACCACUCGCUGGUCACCAUUGCCUGGCGUGUAGUCUGUGACUCACACUUCAAGGCCAGCCAUUGCGAGCUCUGUCCAUGGGAUCCACUGACCGUCACCACCACCACUGCCAUUGCCAUCAACACCUGUCCACCAUUGACCACAUCACUAAACUCUGUUGAAUGUGUGACACAAUCGGCGGUUAAUGUAUGGGAUCAGCGAUUGUGGGCUUAA